AUGGAGAAAUUCAAAUGGGAAUUAGCUCCAAUUUUGGACCAGAGAUUCCCACUAACAUUGGAAACUCUCAAAAAGAUGAAAAAAUUAAGAUUUCUUCAUCUAAUUGAUUUCCGAAAUCCAUACGGAAGUUUUGACAACUCAUUCAAAGAUCUAAGGUGGCUGUAUUGGGAGCGGUGUCCUUUACAAUACUUUCCGCCCGAAUUCAAACCUAUAAAUCUUGGAAUGCUUGAAUUAAGAUUCAGCCAAUUGAGAACUAUGGAGCUCAGCAUGGUUUUCCAGAAGUUAAAGAUUCUGAAUAUGGCAUAUUCUCAGUAUUUAGUGACGACUCCAGAUUUCAACAUGUUACCAUCUCUGGUUGAUUUAAGUUUUGAAUAUUGCACAGCCUUGAAGCAGAUACAUAGAUCAAUUGGAAGGUUGGCAAGGCUUGUUUCCCUAAAUUUAGUGGAUUGUUCGAAGCUAGCAAGUCUUCCCGAAACUAUUGGCAACUUGAAAGCACUGAAGCAUCUUAAUCUUUGCCGGUGUGUAAGUCUGGAAAAAUUGCCUGAAGAAUUGGUGAACAUGGAAUCCUUGGAAAACCUCCACAUAAAUAUGGCAGGUCUUAAAAACUUACCACAUUCGAUCCAUUUGCUCAGUAACCUUAUUGAGUUGGAUGUAGCACAUAACUCAGAACUUAUGACUCUUCCGGACAACAUUUGCAAGCUAAGAUCAUUGAAAGUUCUGGAUGUUUCUGCAUGCAAAAAUCUGAAAGCAUUGCCAGGAGAUUUGGGUGAUAUUACAUCCCUAAGAGUGCUAAGGAUGACGGCAACAAGUGUUUCAGAUUUACCGGGUUCGAUAGGAAAUCUUAGUAACCUUGUUGAACUGAGAUUAGAUCGCAACCCCAACCUCGAAAGUCUUCCAGACACAAUAUGCAAUCUGAGAUCAUUGGAAAUCUUAAGUAUUGGCAGUUGUGAAAAGAUUAAAGAAUUGCCAGGUCAGAUGUGGAAGAUUACAAGCUUAAGAGUGCUAACUUUAAGACGUACUACAAUGUUAAAAGUGGAAUUAAACCAAAUUCCAAUAUCGUUAGAGAUGCUGGAUCUUUCUUAUAAUGCUUUCACCGCGCUGCCACUCGGUAUCAGUCGGCUCACGAACCUGGAAUGUCUUCAGGUUGAAGGAUGUAGUGAACUCUUGUCCAUUGAAGAACUUCCUCCUAAUCUGGAAAAGCUAUGUGCAUAUGGUUGUCCAUAUAUGACUCUUAAACAAUUAGAGAUACUGAAGCUUACAAGUUUUAGUGGUCUACAAGUGAUUGUAGAUUAA